UCAAAACAAGUGAACUUUCAGCAGCAUUUCAAUUGUAAAAAGUUUAUGGAAAUAGGGUAUUUUCGCCCUUUUAACUAAACUAGUUCAAUAGAAAAGUUGUAGACGAUUGCUCAUAGCUGGUGUAAAUUGUGGAUUCUUGAGUGAAAACUGAGAAUAAAGUGAUACAAUCUCGGACUAUACAGAAUGGAAGAAGAAAAUGUAGUGUCCAGGGAUGACCGACCGUCGGAGCGACGAGAAGAAUUCCAACAGGCCUUGAAUCGAGCACUUGAACAACUGGAGAUUGAUGUUAAUGCCAAAAAUUUGGAUCGAAACCAACACGGACAAAGUUCCGUAGAAGCAGAGCAUACCGAUGAAACACCUGCCGAGGAUCCGGACAAAGAUAACCCGAAGCGAAAGAAGUUGAAAUCCUGGUUGAAUAACAUGUUCCGGAUCAAAAUGACCGACGGACGAGUAUUGAUAGGAAUAUUCGUUUGCACCGAUGCCGAUGCAAAUAUCGUGAUGCAAGUGACAAGCGAAUGCCCGGAAAUUGGAGGCGAAGAACGAUUCCUUGGGCUGGUGAUGAUUCCCGGUCGAUAUAUCGUUUCGAUUGAGGAUCGCAAUGAUGCUGGCAAAUUUGCAUGGUGAAAACAUUGGGUCGUACUAGCUGUAUAGUAACUGUAAACAUGGCUUUAUUUGGUAAACUAACUCAUAAA